CUCAGUCCCCCACCAACAGUGUUCCAAGUGAAGAAGAAAGGGGGAGACGUACGAGGUAGCCUAAACGAUACGCGACCAAUGCGGUGUAUUUUAUAACGAUUUUUUGAUAGAAUAUAUAUAAAGUCUGUGCCUGCUUGGCUCUAUAUCGCGCCUACCUUCCCCCCUGCCCCGGCUUUAGCGCACACAAGUAUGAGUGGCAGCGGGCGGCCCAGGACCAGCUCAUUCGCUGAGCCUCCGGGGGCUCCCGGAGCCGCUGCAGCAGCUGCCGGAUCGGCUGUUGCUGGUGGGAGCUCCGCAGGAAAACCCGGGGCUUCACAGGCCAGUGGGAGCAGCUCGACGGGCUUUGGAAAUUUAAAACUAACCAGAGACAGCGGCAAGGUCACGACAGUGGUGGCCACGCCUGGCCAGGGGCCGGACCGUCCACAGGAAGUGUCCUACACGGACAUCAAGGUGAUCGGGAACGGUUCCUUCGGCGUGGUGUAUCAAGCUCGUCUCAUCGACAGCCAGGAGAUGGUGGCCAUUAAGAAGGUCCUGCAAGACAAGCGGUUCAAGAACCGAGAACUACAGAUCAUGAGGAAGUUGGACCACUGCAAUAUCGUGAGGCUACGCUACUUCUUCUAUUCCAGCGGAGAAAAGAAGGAUGAAGUGUACCUCAACCUGGUUCUGGACUUCGUCCCAGAGACCGUGUACAGGGUGGCCCGGCACUUCAACAAGGCCAAGACCACUAUCCCCAUCAUCUACGUCAAGGUGUACAUGUACCAGCUGUUCCGCAGCCUGGCCUAUAUCCAUUCCCAGGGCGUGUGUCACCGAGACAUCAAGCCUCAGAACCUGCUGGUGGAUCCUGAGACAGCCAUCCUCAAACUCUGUGACUUUGGCAGUGCGAAGCAGCUUGUUCGUGGGGAGCCCAACGUGUCCUAUAUCUGCUCGCGGUACUACCGUGCUCCGGAGCUCAUCUUCGGGGCCACCGACUACACGUCCAACAUCGACAUCUGGUCAGCGGGCUGCGUGCUGGCAGAGCUGCUGCUGGGCCAGCCUAUCUUCCCCGGAGACAGCGGAGUGGACCAGCUGGUGGAGAUCAUCAAGGUUCUGGGAACUCCCACGAGAGAGCAGAUCCGAGAGAUGAACCCCAACUACACAGAGUUUAAAUUCCCACAGAUCAAAGCACACCCCUGGACAAAGGUGUUUAAGCCCCGCACGCCCGCAGAGGCCAUCUCCCUGUGCUCUCGCCUGCUGGAGUACACGCCUGUGACCAGGCUGUCCCCGCUGGAGGCCUGCGCCCACGCCUUCUUCGACGAACUGCGCCAGCCCAGCGCCCGCCUGCCCAGCGGCCGAGACCUGCCCCUGCUCUUCAACUUCAGCCCUGUUGAGCUGUCUAUCCAGCCCCAGCUGAACUCCACACUCAUUCCUCCUCACGCUCGCGCUCAGACAUCACCUGCCUCACAUGAGGGCAGCGUUUCAGACAGUCCUGCCCAGCCUAGCUCAGCCCCUGGAUCCAUCAACAACAGCACCUGAACAACCAUUCUUCAGUUCCCCUUUCUCCUGGCUCUCCCUCCCCACCCAACCCUUAUCUCCUAGCUCCCUUCUGGCUCCAAACUUCCUAUUAAGACUCAUGUCCACACACACUCACGACACAGUCAUUUCCCCCAGGUUAUUUAACAGGUUUGGGUGUAAACAAGGUUCUAGUGCUUAUCUGUCUGUCUCCCUAGGAGGGUGGGGUAGUUCUGAUGCUCACAGUGGGGUUCAUUAAAUAGGGUUCAUUAAUAAGUAAGCCCAAGCUAUGUGUUCAUCUGCUCAUCCAACACACCAGCUUAGUGAACCUGCCCCUAAGACUACAACAGUGCUGGUUGAGGCAGUUGUGUGUGACAGCAAAGUUCAUAUUUCUUUGGUAGAUCAAACCCCCGGGAGACCAUUGUAUUAUAAAUCUCUGCUAAUAGAUUAUACUUUUUUCUUUUCUUUUCUCACUCUCAAAUUGUUAAUGUUUUAUUUAUUCAAUCCCUGCUUUGUUUUCAUUCGAGCUGGUGUUGUGGCCAGAGAUUCUGGGCUGGGGAAGUCUGUCAGGUUUCUUUCUAUGACAGAUAUCGACAAUCUUCCUUUUUUUUGUAGAACAUCUACAAGACUCUUGGAGAGGACUGUAGAAACCCCCUGGAACCUCCUAGAACCCUAUUUGUUCUCUGACAGGGUUCUCUGUCUGAUGGUGGAGAGGAAACCCAUGUUUUUAUCAGUUUUAUCGGAUACCAAAUUGCAGCGGCGAGGUCAUUAGGCUUUUCCGUUUUUUUUUUUUUUCUCGGCUGCAUUUUAGAUGAAGUGAGAUUUUAUACGCUUUUUUCCACAGUUGGGUGAAAACCCAUCCAAGUCCAUUGCAGUUAGGGAAUGGGAGCUUCUGUCUCGGUGGAGUUUUAAGUCUUAAAUGUAUUUUAAUUUAAUUUUAAUUUGAACAAGAGACUAUUUAGGAAUGGGAUUAUCCAUAUUUAGUUCCUGUACGUCUUUGCUCCCGUCUCUUUAGGUGGGUAGAUCAUUUUCUUUUAUUUUUCUUACCUGAGUCAAUAGAUGCUGUUGAGCUCCAAAGGCAUGGUAGCAGAGACUGAGAGCUACCUGUGGGUGCUGUCUUCAAGCCACACAACCUGUCUGAGAGCUAGCUACCUGUGGGUGCUGUCUUCAAGCCACAUAACCUGCAUGCUACUGACUGGAGCAGAGCUCUUUCAAUCCGACAGUAGAGGCCGUUCUUGUACCCCGUCCAAAGCCCUACAUGUUCUAUCUGCUGUCGCCUUGCAGAUUAGCAAACAGCCCAUUUAGAGGCACACAAGUGCGUCUGGGGGUUUCUCCCACUGCUAAAUGCCAUGACUGACUUGGCCAGUCUUUGGUCGAAAGACAAUUUGACACUCCCAGUUUUAUUUUUUUCCCCGUCUAUAGUCUCAACGCACAAUUUCACUGCAUGUAGAGUCCAACACCACCAGUUUGUCAUCACGUCUGUGUUUGUGUGUCUUGUGGCGUAAGCGUGACACCGGCGCGUGUAUACGACAGGUCACAAGCUCUCCCCCACACCAACUCCCCCCACAUGGACCUCUGCCUCAGUACCUGUCACCGUGAGUGCUGGUCCUCACCCCACCAGACGGGGGCGCCUGUGGGCCUGUGUCCCGCCUCCCAGAGACCCUGCCAGUAGCAUCAGUCACUCAUUCAACCGCCACUCAGACAUGCAUGUUAGAGCACACCUGUACUUCCUGCCUGCCUGCCCAAUGUGUCCACUACAACGAUAGGUGGAAUCAGAACACCUUUUUUGGGGGGGGGGGGGAAGAAAUCAAAAUAUUGCCCAACCACUUGUGGAGUCUCCUCUUCUUCCAUUCCUCCCCUCCUACCUCUGCCACCACCCCUGCUAUGUCCUUCCCUCCUUUCUCUCACUGCUAAACUGUAAAUAUCAACUACCUUUAUUUUAUUUUGUUAUUUUUGUUUUGUUAUUAUUGUUAUUAUAUUGUUGUACUUGUAAUUUCUUUAUUUUUUUGUUUCUUCUCUAGUAGAGUCGAGCUGGCAUAGCAGCGACCAAGCUCCCUCUUGAGUCUCAUUCUGUAAAUACAAUUUCAUUUCAGUCCCUGGUUCAGGGGGGGAAAACAGAACAAAAUGUUUCUCUCGUUGUUAGUCUCUCUCCCUCCAUUUCUCUCUCGUUGUUAGUCUCUCUCCCUCCAUUUCUCUCUCGUUGCCUUUCCCCUCACCCCCCUUAUAAAUAUUGUCAUUAUCGUUUUAUUUAUUGUAUUUUUUUUUUUCUUCCUUAAAAUGAUUUCUCUAAAGGGGGAGAAAGGGUUGCAAGUUGAAAGGUUUGUUUUGUAAGAAUUUUAACAAAACUCACAUGUCCUGACAUCCAAGAUACUGUACUUUGAUCUUAGCGUCAGAGCAUUUCCUAGCACGGAUCUAGUAUUUUUAUGUUUUUUUUUUUGCAGGUACACAUGCUAGCCAGUAAGUGGAGAUACAGGUUUGCCGUUUUAAAUGUGAAGGGAAUGUCACGACUGUGGGUCCAUGGUAACGUCGUUGGGCCCUGUACCCGUGGUCGACGAGCAGACGGCCUCUAGGUGGCCUGCUAAUACUGCUGUCUCUGGGUGGGUUGUACCCUGCCCCACAACCUUUACCAUCCCCUGCAUCUCAAUGACCCCUGUUUCCUUUUAGCCUUUUUUAGUACGACUGUAGUGGGGCAAACCUGUUCAGUUUCUUGUGCGUGCUGACACAAAUCUAUGAAUGACCUAUUGAGAGCGACCUUUCAGAAUGUGUGUGUGUGUGUGUGUAUGUUGUUCGGGAGUGUGGAUACAUUUCGCAAAGCUCCUGUCACCCAUUAUGUUUCCCUGAUAUGAAGAGAUGACUCUCUUAUUACUUUCUGUAAAAAAAACUAUUUUCUGUCAUACAUUGGUUUGAAUUUGUUUGGGUCCUGCUCCUUCAUCAUCCUACCGGAGGAUCUUUGGUGGGAAAUGGAACGGUUGUGAAAGGAGGGGAUGAUGGAGAGAGAGAGAGGGACGGAGGGAGAGAGACUGUUUUUGUUUGUUGGUAUAAAUAAUUAAACUCAUUAAUAAAGAUAUGAAACUG